CAGCAACCGUAUGGGCAACAUAGAUGUCCUUCAGCACCACGAUACAUCUCAAGCUCUUAGACCCUUUCCUUCUCACUCGCCUUGGCACUUGCGGAAGGCCGACAUGACGCAUGCCAAGACGACCGUUCUGGGGAAGGCUCGAUCGCCACACCAAAAGAUCCUAGCGCGCGCAUGCAUUGCCGUGGAUUAGACGGUAAUUUUUGUCUCGAUCUCACCGCCGCAAGGUGUAUUAGUUCUCCGAUGGCCGCUACCACGUUCGAUUGACAACAAGUUCCUUGCUCUUUCUUCGUCUUCUUCUUCUUCUUCUUCUUCCUCCACCAUGGCACCGUCAGAAGCCUUGACCGUCCCCACAGAAAGUGGCGCAUCUGCAAACCAACCCAAAAAGAGACGGCAAAACCGUGUGCCAUUUGCAUCGCCGAAAAGCGAGCAAGGCCGGAGUCGCCCAACUCCGCGCGGGAGCAAGAAAAAAGAUGCAUGGUGGAAGACAAAAGUUUUCGCUGGCAUGUAUAAUGACAUCCGGAGAAGAGCGCCGUUCUACUGGAGCGACUUCAGAGAUGCGUGGGACUAUCGCGUUGUCCCUGCGACCGUGUAUAUGUAUUUUGCCAACAUCCUCCCGGCCUUGGCCUUCAGUUUGGACAUGUUUGCCAAAACAGACCAAAGUUUUGGUGUCAAUGAGGUCUUGUUGUCGUCAGUGCUCGCAUCCGUCGUCUUCUCUCUAGCCGCGUGCCAGCCGUUGGUCAUUGUGGGAGUGACAGGUCCUAUAACCGUAUUCAACUACACCGUCUACGACAUCAUAACACCGCGAGGCACUAAUUACUUUGCCUUCAUGGCAUGGAUUGGCAUAUGGUCCCUGAUAUUCCACUGGAUCCUUGCCAUCACGAACUCGUGCAACGCACUCCGCUAUGUGACUCGCUUCUCCUGUGACAUCUUCGGAUUCUACGUGGCUUUCAUCUACCUGCAGAAGGGAAUCCAGGUCCUUACUCGCCAGUGGGAGAUAUCCGACGCCUCAGCCUACCUCUCCAUCUCCAUAGCGCUGCUUGUUACAGUCGUAGCAUACAUAUGCGGCAUUCUGGGAACCUCCUCCCUCUUCCAGCGCCAUAUCCGUAAGUUCGUUGAGGAUUACGGGACGCCUCUGACUGUCGUGUUCUUCACCGGCUUUGUGCACAUUGGCAAGAUGGCGAACAUCGAGCUGCUCAAGCUGCCAACGAGCAAGGCUUUCUUCCCGACCACGGACCGUGGCUGGUUCAUACAUUUCUGGGAAAUCAGCGUCGGGGACAUAUUCCUAGCAAUUCCGUUCGCAGUUCUCCUAACCAUCCUCUUCUGGUUCGACCACAACGUGUCCUCUCUCAUCGCUCAAGGCACCGAGUUCCCACUACGCAAACCCGCCGGCUUCCAUUGGGACCUCUUCCUGCUCGGCCUCACCACUGGCGUCGCGGGCCUCCUGGGAAUCCCCUUCCCCAACGGCCUCAUCCCCCAAGCCCCCUUCCACACAACUUCCCUCUGUGUCACGCGCACCGUCUCUGACGCGGACGACGAAGCCAACAAGGGCUAUACGCGCCGCGUUGUCGACCACGUCGUCGAGCAGCGCGUCUCGAACCUUGCGCAGGGCCUGCUCACGCUCGGCACUAUGACCGGGCCCUUGCUCAUCGUCCUGCACCUCAUCCCACAGGCUGUUCUCGCAGGCCUGUUCUUCGUCAUGGGCAUCCAGGCGCUCGAGGGCAACGGCAUCACGCUCAAGAUGCUGUUCCUCGCGCGCGACAGGCACCUCACUGCGCGGUCGGACCCGCUGAUGCGCAUCGAGCGGCGCAGUGCCAUCUGGGUGUUCGUCGCGCUGGAGCUGGUCGGGUUCGGCGCGACGUUUGCGAUUACGCAGACGAUUGCGGCGAUUGGGUUCCCUGUGUUUAUCUUGCUGUAUAUCCCCAUGCGCACGUGGGGCAUGCCGAGGUGGUUUACCGAGGCGGAGCUGCGGAUUUUGGAUGCGCCGACGGCGAGUCCGUUUACGAUGGAGAGUGUGGGCGGGAAUCAUGGGGAGGUUAUAGAGGAGGAGACGAGCGAUGUGUUCGAUGAGGCGGAGAGGGGUGAGCGGAGUGGAAGGCGAUUAUCGAGACAUGAGAGUAUUGUGGAAGAGGGUAGGCGGAAUGCAGAGGGCGCGAGUCGCAGAAGAGGUAGUUUCCAGACUGCGGAGGGCAUGGAGCUGGAUAAUAUCGAGAAGGUAUAGAUCGUGGAGAGUUCGCUUGUCGAAGCCGUAGCU